UAAGAAUAACUCAUUCGCUCUCAUCUCGCAUUAGAUUCCAUCCAAAUUCCAAAGUAAGUUACAAAAAUCAAGGACGCUUCAAUGGAGAUGAGAAAGAUCGCUUGUGCCGUCCUCGUCGCCGCCGCCGCAGCCACCGGAGCACUCGCCGCCGAGGCCCCCGCCCCCGGCCCCGCCAGCGCCGCCUUCGCGGUCACCCCUGCCGCCGGAACGGCCAUCGGCGCCGCCGCCUUAGCCUUCCUCGCCUACUACUUGCAGUAGGAAGAAAGGAUACCCACAAUGACUUGCUAAUUCAUCUCGCCGGCGUUGGCUGGGGUCCGUCGUCGCCGUCUUUACUUUUG